UUCCGUGUCUUUGCUGUUUGACAGUAACCAAGAUCACAACAUCUUCCCAGUGUAGGAUGUGUGAGGAGGAGCAGGACUGAGGUCACGGCCGUUAUAGUCGGGAAGACAAGAAAGUAGCAGAGACCUUCAUUUAAGGCUUAAAUUUAGCAUUUAGCCUAAAGUUAUUACUUACUGGAGCUCCAAGUAUCACUUCUGUGUGACCGGUGUGAACCAGUGUGUGAAACAUGUCUUUCCGAACAUCAGGAAAUAUUACUGUAGCAACAAUCGUCAUGUUACUGGCAGACCCUCCCAGAGUCCCGUCUGUUACUGACCGUGUGUCUGGUGACUCGGUGACACUGCUGUGCUACAGUGACUCCAACCCCAUCAGUAAUUACUCCUGGUACAGAAAGACAGGAAGUGAUGUCUUACUGUUAGGAAAUGGCACCAAUUUAACUAUAGCUACAGGAACAAGUGGACUUUUCUACUGUGUGGUGCAGAAUCCAUUUGGAUCAUCUAACUCAUCAGAAUGGUCAUUUACUUCAGGGAAACCAGCUGGGACAUAUGCAGCUUCUGGAGUCACUGUGGGUUUGUUUCUGACUCUCACUGCUGUCUGUCUAUGGAUGAGGAGGCGAACCGCAGCUGUCAGCAGCAGGAGUGAGGAGACCAGCGCAAAACAUGAUUCUACUCCUGUAGAUGAUAACUUUUCAGCCUUGGACAUGCCCUCUGACCCCACAAAUGACGGCGUUCACUACUCCAACAUUAAUUUCACACGCUCCCACACACAGGAAGUACCUCUCUACUCUACUGUCCAACUAAUAAUGGCUCUUAGUCAAGAAGAGGAAGUCGAGUAUGCCAGAGUGAAUUUCUCUGCCUGCAAGGACGAAACCCACAUCUACAGCACAAUCUCAAGAACAUGAGAAGAAAAUCCUCCACCAACCAUCAAUCUCCAGUCCUGCGUGAAAAUGAGAAAAGUGCCAACAGUCUUCCACCUCCUCCAAACACAUAUGAAAUUGGUACAAACUACAUUUAAAAUCUUGCUGGUGAUUUUGAUUUAUUUUAGGGAUCAGUCAGACAGGGUAUUAUUUCCAACUGGACCAAGAUACACAUUAUAAAAUGUUUAUGACAUUAUUUUAUGUAUCAUUGAUUACAUUUAGCCACAGAUUGCUUACCACUGCAAGAAGGAUGGUUAGAAACUCUGCACAUUAUAUACAUAUACAAACAUGUCAUAAACAUGUCAUAGACAUGUAGAAUAAUAAUGAUACACCAGCCCACAGUAACAGGACAGACUUUAAUUCACUUCACUGCAUUCAAGGAUCUCGGUUCUCUUUGUAAUAUUACCACACAUGAAGAUGUUCUCUGCAGUGCAGUGACCAGUGUCCAGUGACCACUGUACAUACACAGUACUGCAUAAUUCACUGUCCAUGACAUUAUGAUGAUGUUUCCCUACCAUUGUUUCAUUCUCAUUGAUUAGUUUUUAGUACAAUAUGGUACCUUGAGAGGUGACUGGCUAGAAUGAAUGUCCUUGAAGGUUUUAAUUUUAAUUAUUUAUUCAGACAAAUAUUUUUAACACAGCAUUCCCAGGUCACAGAGUAACAUUCCCAGGUCCCAGGUCACAGAGCAGGGGGUCUAAUAGCCUUCAUUCUUGAAUCCUGUACAACAUGUGACUGUUCCACUUAGAGUUGUUGGGUAGCUGAACACUGUACUUUAAAUUCAGAACGAGAGAUCUAAAUCGUCCUUUCACCCAGUCGGCCCUGGAAACAGAACUCAGCACAGAUGUAAUGGCACGAUCUAGUCACUGGGUGGCAGCAGCGAUGUGAUAAGACCGUCAAAGCCGAUUGUGCAGAGCGUGCCCCAUAUGGAUAAGAUUUAACAUUUGCUUGUUUAUAUUACAGUACAUUUUCCAUGUCUACUCUGUAUUUGCACCAAAGCCAAAGUUACAUUAUGCCUGAAAUAUUUCUGUAACAUUUAUCACAAAAGGCUUCACACUUCUUGCACUCAGUAAAUGAUUUAAAAAUUGUAAAAAUGACUUUUGUGGAAUUCAUUCUUUAUUCUUUUUGGCUCCUUAUCUGGUUCGCCAGCAUGUUGCUUGCCCCAAAGCCAUGAUGAUGUUUCCUCCAGACAAUUAGUCGUCACUCCUAACAUCUGAGUUACUGUUAAGAACUUUAGCCAAAUAUUUAGCAAUUUUAGUCAGAAUGAGACUACCAGAGCCC